CCUUCCCGCACGAAGUUAGUACGCUCGUGGACGUGCGUCGGAGAGGACGUACGCACGAGUUUCUGGCCACAACCCGAGUCCAACCGAGCGGUACUUAAAGUGCUGAAUUCAUCGCGAGAGCGAGGGAAGAAAGAAAGAAACUGACACUUUCGACCUCACGUGGUGCAACGAACAAAGCACCAUGAAUAAGACCGAAUUCAACAUUGUCCUGAGCACGGAGCCAUCGAGGACGUCUCCGAACGUGAUUCACUCUCACAUUCCGGUGCCGAGAAUAUCGGCCACGAUCAAGGCUCAAGAGAGAUGUCCUCCAAAGCGCAGAGGAUCCUUCGAGAAGCUCGGCCGCGGGACAGGCAAUGUGGCAGCCCAAAGAGCAUCCUUCGAGAAGCUCGAAGCUUCAGUCGCACAGCUGAGGUCACGCAAUAACAAUCAAUUGUCGACCUCCAGCAUCGAGAUGCGAAAAUCCGAGGAAAAGACGACGCCGGUGAACGUUUGUAAGACGAACGACGUCGCCAGACUCAAUAGAAGCAACAGCUUUUUGGAAAGCAAGUGGAAGAGCAAAUAUGAGGAUUCGGAAAAGAGGCGGAAACACCUGUUGCAGAAGAGCGAAGCUGCAAAUAAAGACCACGUAGAUUUGGAAAAAAAAUACCAACAAUUGCAGAAAGAAAAUAACGUGCUGCAAUCGCAAGUUCAAGAGAAGGAACAGAAGCUGCUAAAAUUACGGACAGUUUCUGAAGCAGUAUGUAAAGAAUACGAACAAUUAAAACAUCAAUAUGACGUGGAAACGAACGCAAUGCAUAAAGCUAUGCAACAAGCCUCUCAGUGGUACCGACAAAAUCGCGAACUGAAGCGGAGAUCUCAAAUUAUGGCGCAGAAGUUUCUACAUAACAAUCCAGAUGAGUCGUUGCAUCUCGACAUAUCCGAUGAAGUGGACUCAAACUUCGAGGAUUUGGAUCAUUUGAGGCAAACGGUGAAAGAGCUGAGCGGUGAAAUAGCACGAUUACAAACGGAACUUCAUUCCGCGCGACUUCAAGAGUUCGAAGCGCAGGAGCAGGUAACGCAGCUAACUACGCAGCUGGAAGAGGAAAGAGUCCUCCGACAAAAAAGCGAGGAAAAAAUUAACGAAAUGAAAGUGCAUAAGGAAAACAUGGAAAGAAUUACAAAAAUGGUAGCCGAGGAAGUGCAGACCUUAAAGACGCAAUGUGAUCGCGAAAGAGAAAGCGCGAAAAUGCUGCAACUGGAAGCUGAAAGGGUCCAGAAAGAACGAAACAUCUUAGCGCAUCAAAGCGCUCUUCUUAUGGCCGGAGUCGGAGACGAUCCAAAUGGGAGAUUGUUAACCGUUUUGCAAGAAGUGGAAUCCCUAAAGAGGCUACUAGAAGAAGAACAGCAAAAUCAUGCUUCUCAAAUACAGAUGUUACAGGAGAAAUUAGAGGAGAAAGAAUCGAAUGUAGAAUUUGAAAUUGUCGAAGAAAAAUUAAAGCUCGCGGAAUCAGAGUUAGAAGUAGUUGUUCAGAGAGCCGAAAGGGCGGAGAAAUCGAUGGAAGAAUUGGAAAACAUUGUACAUUGCUUAAAACAGAAAAUCAGAGAGUUAGAGGAGAAAGUUUCAAAACCGCCACCGCCACCGCCACCUCCUCCACCACCACCGAUGUCGACAAUUAGUCAGUCAUCAAUAAAAUUAUUGACUAAAGAAAAAUUGACUUCAGCUGUAAGCGAUAUGGAAAAUAUGCUUGGUAUUACGCCGAAAAAAACACCUACAGUUGUGCAACAACCUGCUAUCGACGAUAUUAUUAAUCAAAUUAAAGGCGGACGUUUCACGUUAAAACAGACAGAUAAACAAAGAGAAGAAGAGAGGAAAAGACGACAAGAAGCAGAAAGUAAGCCGCCAGCAGUUUCUGAAAUGUUAAAUAUUCUCGGUACUAUGAGACGAAGAGCCAAGCCAAUCAGACAAUCAUUAAAGUUUGCAGACACAGCGUCAUAAUCUGCUUUGCUCAACCUAAAUUUACACAAAAUCUAUUUAUUCGACUGUAAAAGUAAUUUUUAUACUAUGAAAUCUUAAGUCAGACGAGUCCAAAUCGAUGGCCAUUUUGCAAAUAUUUUGUAAGUAUGUUAAGAGAAAUAAAAAUAAAAAGAAUGAAAAGGAA